ACCUCUUCCAUAAACGGGUGGUGCCUCUCUUCUAUCUCUCCUUCCAAAACUUCUGUUAGAAGGGCCACAUUGCGUCCUUCAGUCUUUGCAACACUUACCACUUCUUCAUCUUCUUCCUCUUCCUCGUCUUUCCCUUCUCUUAUUCAAGACAAGCCUGUUUUUGCUGCUCCUGCCCCCAUCAUCAACCCCAUUGUGGUAUAUAUACCAAAUAGUACACUUUGAUCAACAUUUAUAAAUUAAUUUUUCUUUUGUUAUAUUGUCUUUCAAACCUUUAAGAGUUGCUUGAUUUAAGAAAAUGUUUCUUAUUUGUUGUCUUGUUUUUGAAUGUUAAAAGGAUGUUUGGUUUGAGAAAUUGAUCCUUUUUUUAUUGUUAGUUAAAAAAAAUAUAACCUUAUUUUUUUAUUUCGUUUAUUGUUUUUAAAUAUUUGCAUGAAAAAAAUAAUAAAAAUAACUUAAAAAAUAAAAUUAAAGUGUUAUUUUUAUAAUAAAAAAAAAGAUAUUUUUUAUUUCAAAACCAAACAUUCUUGAGAAACCCAAAAUUUGUUUGCACUUUUGGAUUACAAUGUGUUUUUGGGUUGUCAUGUAUUUUAACUUGGGUGAUCAUGUGCUUAACAAUUUAACAGCUUCCACGUAUGGGGUGAGUUUGGUUGCAACUUGGAAGAAAUGUGUUUCAGUGUGUUUAAUGAAGUUUAGAUUUCACGUGGAACAACGUUUGAGGUUUGAUCUUUCUUUGGUAUAAACCACAUAGGUAACUUAGUAGUUAGGUUUGAGAGACAGUUGUGUGGCAUGGAUUUGUUCAUGCACUAUUAUAAUAUGUGUCAGCAGUGAGACCAUACAAUUAACCAAUUUUUUUCAUUAGCAAAAAAAUUCAUACCAAAAUAAAAAAACUAUAUAUAACGUGAAUUAGCGGUGUAUGGGGAAGAUGUGUUAGUUGGAGGAUUCUAAGGCGCUUAAAGCAGAAAAUCCAAACUACUAAAGAAGAAAAAGUCCAUUCAAAAUCAGCUUUGCCAACCAAAUUAGCAACUAAUUAAUUUUCAGACAGUAGAGAGGAUAUGGGGAAGGACUAUGAGGAAGCUAUUGAAGAACUUCAGAAAUUGUUAAGGGAGAAAGGUGAACUGAGAGCCACAGCAGCUGAAAGAGUUGAGCAGAUAACAGCACAGCUGGGGACACCAUCAUCUGAAGUCACCCUCCCACCAUCUGAAGCCUCAGAGAGGAUCAAAGCUGGUUUCCUUUACUUCAAGAAAGAGAAAUAUGACCAGAAUCCAGCUUUGUUUGGUGAACUUGCCAAAGGCCAGAGUCCAAAGUUUAUGGUGUUUGCUUGCUCAGACUCCAGAGUUUGUCCAUCUCAUGUGCUAGAUUUUCAGCCUGGAGAGGCCUUUAUGGUCAGAAAUGUUGCCAACAUGGUCCCACCAUAUGACCAGACAAAGUACUCUGGAGUUGGUGCUGCCAUUGAGUAUGCUGUUUUGCAUCUCAAGGUGUCCAACAUUGUGGUCAUUGGACACAGUGCUUGUGGUGGUAUUAAGGGGCUUUUAUCUUUCCCUUACGAUGGAACCUACUCUACUGAUUUUAUUGAGGAGUGGGUCAAAAUUGGCUUACCUGCAAAGGCAAAGGUGAAAGCACAACAUGGGGAUGCACCUUUUGCAGAGCUAUGCACACACUGUGAGAAGGAAGCUGUGAAUGUUUCCCUUGGAAACUUGCUAACCUACCCAUUUGUUAGAGAUGGAUUGGUGAACAAUACAUUGGCACUGAAAGGAGGAUACUAUGACUUUGUUAAAGGAUCUUUUGAGCUCUGGGGCCUUCAAUUUGGCCUUGCUUCCUCUUUCUCCGUAAAAGAUGUGGCCACCAUUCUGCAUUGGAAGCUAUAG